GAUAAAUUGAUAUUACACAGUCGCAUACCACGCUUUGCGCGAUAAAGUCUUGUAUUUUGUUGCGUUCGUUUGUAGCGACGAUUCACGAGUUUUGAUCAUGUGAAAGACAGUUGAUGAGUUAAAAAAAAUGGUUAACGUCUCAUGUGUUGUGUUGCUGGUACUCUUUGUUGCGAUCGAUGGCUUCGCACUGCCCUUCGAAGGGUUGUAUAGACUGGAUAUAAUACACUACAAUGAUUUUCAUGCCAGAUUCGAGGAAACCUCCGUGGAGACUCCAACAUGCAGAUCCAAUAACUACUCCUGUUUAGGCGGUUUUCCAAGACUCUACCACGAGAUCGAAGUACUGCGGAAGGAGAAGCCGGAUUCCUUGCUACUGAACGCUGGAGAUAGUUUCCAAGGAACCUACUGGUACACACUGCUCAAAUGGAACGUGACGCAGCAUUUCAUGAACUUAUUGCCUCAUGAUGCGCACGCUAUCGGAAAUCACGAAUUCGACGACGGCCCCGAGGGUUUGGCUCCGUACCUGUCUGCCCUCAAAGCGCCUGUGGUCGCUGCCAACAUGGACUCUUCGAAGGAGCCGUCCCUGCAAGGGUUGUAUGUACCACACGUCAUCGUAGAGAGACAGGGACGCCGCAUCGGAAUCAUUGGGCUAAUCACGACCGAUACUGCGAAACUGUCAUCACCCGGUAAUGUGAUGUUCACGGACCCUAGGGAAGCGACUCGGCGGGAGGCACAAGCGUUGAAUGACAAAGGUGUCGAUAUCAUUGUUCUCCUGUCACACUGCGGUUUGGAUAUUGACAAAGAGCUGGCUCGCGACUACGGACAGUACAUAGACAUAAUUGUGGGUGGGCACUCCCAUUCUCUCCUGUGGAACGGGCCGUCGCCUAGUAACGAGACUGUAGUCGGUCCAUACCCUGUGUUCAUAGAACCCAGCGCUAAUAAGAAGCACAAGACACUGAUCGUGCAAGCAUCAGCAUUCACCAAAUACAUGGGUAACUUAUCAGUCUACUUCGAUUUCCGAGGCGACUACGUCAAAUGGGAUGGCGGUCCCAUUUUCUUGGACAGAUCUAUAGAUGAAGAUCAGGAGAUAAAGGCGAAACUGGCGCCACUGGCUAAAAUAGUGCACGAUGCGGAGAAUGUUCCUAUUGGAGAAACAAAGACCACUCUAUACUUUGAAGACUGUGUUUUCGGCGAAUGUGCCUUGGGGGAUGCUUUGACUGACUCACAGAACCAAUUCAGUAAAGAAAAGUUGAAGACGGAUUUGGAUCAUAUAUCAUUCGUUCAAAGAGGAAACAUAAAAUCCACAAUUAAUCAAGGCGUCAUAACUCAGGGUAGCGUAUUCGAGUUGUUACCGUUCAACGACCGGAUGCAAUCGUUCGAGUUGCAAGGAAAAUUCGUAUUAGAAGCACUGGAGAGGAGCGUCAGAGACGAGUGGGGAAGACACCCGUUCAAAGGGCCUUGGGUGUUGCAACUGUCAGGUUUACAAGUUACGUACAACAUCUCAAUGCCCGAAGGCCAGCGCGUGUCGUCAGUGAAUGUGGGAGAUAAGGACAGUGGCGCCCCCUUGGACCCUGACAAGUAUUAUCAAGUCACUGCGCCAACGUAUUUGUCCGAUGGAGGGGAUGGUUUCACAAUGUUCAGAGACCACAAGCGCAACGUCCAAAUCAUAGGCAGAGAUCAAAACAUAUUUGUUACUUACAUCAAGAAACACUCCCCUCUGAACGUAGUCACAGAUGGACGAAUCAAAAUCAUCGACGGUUAAAUACGCCCUAUAGUAUUUUUUAAUGGUGAUUUCGUUGUUUUAAAUAAAAGUAAACAGCUGAUAGAUUCCUCUUCUUUAUUAAGUGACUUGUCUGCGGUUACCACAAUUCUGUCUAUAAAAAAUUUUAGUAGGUAUUUGCAAUAUUAUCAGUUCGAAGGUACUUGAAC